AAUAAAUUACAAAUUGCAGAUACUCCAUUGACCAGAGCUGCUUCUCGCGUGCCUGUUCUCUUUUCUCUUUAAAAGAAAUCCUCCUGGAUGUCUAUUGGUUCUGGUCACCAGCUUCCAUCCAAUGCUUUAGCUCUGAUGCUGAUCUAUUUGGAAAUUUGGCUGCCUCGCGACGCGGAGCCUGUUCUCAAAGGCUGAUCCUCAGCGAAAAUAUGCACAGUGCUGCCUUAUGUGCAUGAAUGAAAAGCCCUCUAGUACCUUCCAGCCCGGCAGCAAAAAUGGAGCAAGGGAGAUCUCAGCUAAUGGUGACAGUAGCUUUAAUACUUGCACAGGUGCUCAUGCGUGCCUUUGCAGAAGAUAUAGAAUGCAGGCCUGGAUUUCAGCAAAAGUCUUUUUCAAUUGAGCAGCCUUCUGAAUUCAUAGAGGAUGAGCCUGUUGUAACAUUAUAUUUUGAUGACUGCUCAGGGAAUGAAAAACUGACAUUUGAUGUAUCAAACUCUGACUUUAAAGUGGAUUCUAAUGGAACCUUGAUUGCUAUAAAGAAUGUAACAGAUGCUGGUCGGGCGAUCUUCAUUCAUGCACGGACAACUAGUGCAGAUGAGAUGGCCGAGGUUUUCAUUCAUGGAGGGAAGGAACGACCAAAAAGUAUUCUCAAGGAAAGAUUUGAAAACAGUGUCUUCUUCAGACAGAAACGUUCACUUGUUGUUUCACCUUUGUCGAUUCCAGAAAAGCAAAUGCCUCCAUUUCCCAAAUUUGUUGGCAAGGUUAUAUGGCCUGAAAAACUAGAGGGAUUUAAAUUCCAUCUUUCUGGAGUGGGAGUUGAUCUGGAACCAAAGGGUACAUUUAAAAUCAAUGAAGAUACUGGUGAUAUCCUGGUCACAAGAGAACUUGACAGAGAAAAAAUUGCAUCAUAUCAGCUACAAGUUGAAGCAACUGAUAUUACUGGUAAACGUAUCGAAGGUCCAGUACACCUUGAUAUCAGUGUCAUUGACCAGAAUGACAACAGGCCAAGCUUCAGAGAAGGACCAUACACAGGUUAUAUCCUGGAGGGGUCGCCAACAGGAACUUCAGUGAUGCACGUGAGAGCAGAGGAUGCAGAUGAUCCUUUAACAGCAAAUGCUGCUUUACGUUACAGCAUCAUUCAGCAGACUCCAGACGUACCAUCACCAAAUUUGUUCUACAUCGACCCAGAAAAGGGUGAUAUUGUUACUGUGGUAUCACCCACAUUGCUGGAUAGAGAAACAUUGCCAACAUAUGAGUAUGAACUACUUAUUGAAGCAAGAGAUAUGGCUGGCACUGAUGUUGGACUAACUGGAACAGCAACGGCUACCAUUGUCAUUAAGGACAAGAAUGACCAUGCGCCACAGUUUACCAAGGAAGAGUUCCAAGCCAGUGUAACAGAAGGAGUUACAGGAGUGAUAGUGAACUUAACUGUAGAAGACAAAGAUGACACAACCACAGGAGCAUGGAGGACAGUGUACACUAUUAUUAAUGGAAAUGUACGACAGAGUUUUGAAAUUCAUACAAAUCCCGACAGUAAUGAAGGGAUGCUUACUGUGGUCAAGCCAUUAGACUAUGAAUAUUCUGCAUUUCACACCCUGCUCAUUAAAGUAGAGAAUGAAGACCCAUUAAUUCCGGAUGUUGCGUAUGGACCCAGGUCCACAGCAACAGUUCAAAUCACAGUUCUGGAUGCAAAUGAGCCUCCGAUCUUUUACCCUGACCCAGUGACGGUGACCAAGCAAGAAAAUAUUGCCAUUGGCAGUGUCAUUUCCACAAUGAAUGCUACUGAUCCAGACCAUCUUCAGCAUCAAGCCAUUCAGUAUUCAGUACAUCAUGACCCAGCACACUGGUUAAAUAUUAACCCCAAAAAUGGCAUUAUCAAUACCACAGCUAUGUUGGAUCGAGAGUCACCAUUUGUUAAGGACAACACUUACACAGCAUCCUUUCUAGCAAUAGACAGUGGUACGCCUCCUGCGACUGGAACUGGAACCUUAAUAAUCACCUUGGAAGAUGUGAAUGACAAUCCUCCUUCUGUUCAUCCAGAUGUUGCAAAAGUAUGCGAGGACUCUAGAGACUUAAACGUGGUUAUCUUGAGUGCAUCUGAUAAGGACAUUUCACCUAAUACUGAUCCUUUCAGGUUUGAAUUGAACAAACAGACUGGAACAGAUAAAACAUGGAAAAUCAGUAGGCUUAACAACACCCACGCACAACUCAGCCUUUUGCAGAACUUGAAGAAAGCCAACUACAAUGUCCCCGUGGUGGUAUCAGACUCUGGAAAGCCCCCACUGAGUAACAGCACAGAAAUCAAAGUGCAGGUGUGCAGUUGUAAAAAGAACAAAAUGGACUGUAGUUCAGCAAGUGCUCUUCAUAUCAGCGUCACCCUCCUCAUCUUCUUUUCAAUCUUCAGUUUAUUUUGUCUGUGAGAACUGCUGACAUUUGAAGUUGCCUGGACAUUGCCAUAAUAACAAGAAAUGAAAAAAAGCCAAAAUUUGAUGACCAGUUUACAAGGAUUUACAGUUAACUCAAGAGAGGCCACAUUUGCUAUAGACUCAGUUUAAUUUGCAACCUCAGUUCAUCAGUUAGACCUUGCUACAGCCUGUACAGUCUUUGACAAUGCCUGUACUUUCUUGUUUCUAUCAAAGGAUUGAUAUUUAUUCUGCAAUAUAUAUAUAUAUAUAUAUAUAUAUAUAUAUAUAUAUAUAUAUAUAUAUAUAUAUAUAUAUAUUAUAUGGUUUCAGAGAAAACUAAAGACAGGACAUAUCUAAAUCAGGCUUCUGGAAACAGGAUUCAAGAGUGCUACUAACUGGUUUCACUUACUUAUCAUUUGGUAUCAUACACUUUGAAAUACAUUUUUUUUGCCCACACACCAGCAUCUUACUCUUGUUACAAAACAUUGUAUGCCCCAAUCAACCAUACUUUAUUAGCUUUUCAGUGGAUGUUUUUGAUCUUCACUGUAUUCUCACUGGAGGGACAAGAAUCAAAUCAUAUUUGUUUUAUUGUAAAUGCAUGCCAUUCAAAAGCCAUCAUAACUACUCCAUGUCUGGUUUUCCACUGUUGCUGAAAUAUUCAUGGAAAACAAAAUAUAAAUCAUUGCAUUGUAUUGAAAUUGGUAUAUAAACAACUGUCCAGUUCAUGAGUGACUACACUGGUAUAUAUUGGUAUUAGUUGAACUAAAGACCACUGGAUAGCGAGAAAACUUAAAGCAGGUAACAGUCACGCCAGUGAAUUACUUCCAUAUGCAUCGAUAAUUAAAUGACAACUUAUACAGAUGUCUGUAUGGUAAAUGUGUUGCUCAAGAGAUGUUUCAGUGGUUUCUAAACAAAUACAUAGUGAUAUUAAACACAACAUACUUUAAUGUAUGUCUCUGCAGUAUAUAUUCUUUUUAAUUUGAAAAAUGUAACACUCUAACACCUACGUAAUUGUAGAUGAUUUCCCAAAAUCCAAGAGCAUACUGAAUACCUGUCAAGUGAUAUCUUUUUUUUACUCUAUACUUGACAAGGUUGGCUUUUUGAAAUUAAAUAAUAGCACUUAAUAUUUGAGAAUAUAAGCAAAAUGCUGUUUUCCUUACGGAGUUAAUUAACAAAAGUGAAUACAUUAUGUCUGCUUGGGCAAAAUGUUUAAACAAAGUAUUAUAAUAAAUUCAAUGAAAGUUUCCCUUUCUAAUGCAGCUUGAAUGUCAGUCAUUUUAGAUAUAUAUGAACAUUGGCUAAAUAGUAGCUGUGUAAUGCAUUCUACUAAUGUAUGCAUCUUGUUUAUGUGUUUAGCUCUGUAGGAUCACAGUUAGAAGUGUUACUAGUUCUACUCAUUUCAUCUGUGGACAUUAGGGAGAUUCAUGAAUAUUAGUUUGAUUUGAAUGACUUCAUAAAAUGGCAGACAUGCUCAAAUCUCACCAUUAACUCAAUGAACAUGAAAGUGUGGCUAAGCAGUUUGUAUAAUUUGUAAUUACCUGUCCAUUAAUGUUGUAAGGAAAAUCCUGUUUUCUCUUAAUGGAAAAGAUGUUGUAUCUUAUCAGUAAAUUAACAAAAGAGCUUUUGAAAAGACUACAUUUCUAAAAUAUAGAUAAAUAUUAAACAUGGAAUAUAUUAUUUUAUGGACUAAUAACUGUAUAAAAUGCAAUACUGUAAUUUACGAAAUUUAUAUCAAAAUAUAAACAUGAUUUGCAGGAUUGAAAUUAAAAAUCUUGUGUAAAUUCUGUGUUUGCAUUUACAUCACUAUGACACCUAUUAUAUUCAUACAUGCCUCAAAAAAGCUACAGUUUGAUGGUGAUAAGACUCUCUUUAUAUAAUCACACAGUAUCUAAAAUUUAAUUCCAAACAUAUUUAAUCUAAUCACAUUUGAUAGAAAAGUGUAUCAGGCUAAACAUAAUUAAUGCUGUUGUGGUUUAUGGUGUUAGGAUAGUUGUAGUUAUAAAGUGGAUUAAUCUAUUGUACCUUGUGUACUUUGUGAUGCUCACCCCAGUGUUUUGCCCCAUGUCUACAACUUUGUGUGUCAACAUUGAUCCAUGGAUCUUUGGUAUGUCUUUGGCCUGCCCUCCAUUGAAAAACUUUUGAAGGACUAUUUAUUGCAUAUGAAACUUUAAAUGAAGAAUGAAAAUGAAACUAUUCAAUUAAAUGUGUCUUACAUGAAAUAUGUUUUAAAUUAAAAAUUACAUUCUUGUGAUUAAAUAAGACUCUUACAUUAAAAGUAGUAUAAUCUUGUAGACAGAUAAAAUAUUUUAAAUCUAAAUCUAACCAAAGCAUAUUUAGCACUGCAAAAUGAGACAGUUAUUUUUUUAUUAUUCUGAGCAGAUCAUAUUGGAACGAUUUUAAAAAAGUACCAGAGAAAGACAGCUGCAACAAAUAAAAGCUUAUUGUCAUAUCCAUUACUAUUAUGACAUGAUGAGCAUUAAAAUCUUACCUUUAUAAUACUGCCUUGCUUAACAUUUAGCCUUGCUAGUUUGAUCUCUUUGACAUAUGGCCCCUGCAGGACAUACAUACAUACAUAUAAACAUAUACAUAUAUAAGUACCUACUCUUGCAGGUAUUCAAAAACUACUACAAACAAAAGAUCUAAUUGAUCUGAAGAAAUCCCGCAACUUAGCGAGACGAAAAGUGCUUAAGUCAACAAUAAAAGUACAGUUAAUCAUACUACGUGGUUUCUUAUUUUUCCGUGUGGACCAAGUAGUUCUCUAUUGGACACUUUUGUUUGUAAUAGUUCGAUUCUUCCUGGUUUUAGGUAUUCAAAUAACAUGUAAAACAGAGUUUUAAUUAAAUGUAUCAUUUGAAAAGGCAAUAUUGCAUGCUAACAAAAUGAAAACAAGAUCAAAUAAUUAAAUCUUCAGUAUCCACUUUUUCAUUAUUGUAAAUAGUGGAAGCAGAGACAGAAGCAACCCCACCCCAUCUAUUCCUUAUUAGUACCUCAUUUUGAACCAAAUCUUAGAAGCUAAAGUUCUAUCUGUCCUUCUAGAGAGAGAGAAUUUCAUAAAUGCUGACAAAUUCAGCACUCUGUUUUAUAAUCAACUCCAUAAUCACCACAUCACAAAAUUCCUCAGAUAUACUAAAUUUGGAUAAAACAGAGUAAAUGAGAAUUGUUUAGUGAAAUAUGCAUGACUAUACUGUAAUGAAACUUGUUCUAUAACUACACAAUGUUCAUUAUAAUCAAAAUAAACUCAUGUUAACUUUUAUGUAUCAUUAUAUGUGCAUGCAAAUGUGUGCAUGUACACAUGCACAUACACAUGUGCACGCACAGAGACAUUUUAGCUGAUUUUUUGUACAGCAAACUAAAUAGUCGAUUUUUGAGUUAAUGUUUUGAUGCAGCCCUUUAAAAUAACAUAGAUAAUACAAAACAAACAUACUUCAGCUUCUGUUUGCCCUUACUAUCAUUGUGUAAAGUAGUUUGCUUUAUUUUUUCAACUUUCACCAACAUGGUGCUAAACAAUAAAGCUAGAAUUAUCUAUAAUGUUGGUGCAUGAAUUGUAAUGUUUUGAUGAAUAUUGGGUAGCGAAUAUAUGUAGAAGACAUGAUGGUGAUGGGAGGUCGAGAUGGUAGCUUAAGAUGGAAGGAUUAUGUAUUCUGGUAAAGAUGGCUAAAUAAUUACAAAAUCAUUUUACAUAUUAUUAGUAAAUUUAAGGAAAAUCCAUUUAUUGUUUAGAUUAUUUUGUUUUUAAAACUGCAACAGGAUUGUUGUUAUUGUUUAAUUUCCAUUGCUGUUACAAAAGAAAAACUAUAUACAAUAUAAUUAUAGCAAAUUAAUAAAACGUUUGCUGAUAAUCAAUGUCCAAAUAAUAUCUACAUAAGAUGUAAAAUUCAAGAAAAGUAACCAAACAGUUUAAUUGAUUGGCUCUGUUUUGACUAGAAACACAGUAGGGUAAUUAUUAAAAUAAAGUAGCCACAAAUGUGUAUGCAUAAGGCAAUUCCUAGGUUGAGGUUAGAAUAUAAAUUAAGGUGAGUGUAGUUAUCCCCAUGUAAAAUCUCAAGUAGUUAUUCAGAAAUCAGGGUCUUAGUGCUGAACAUUCUUUAUUUCAAAGUACUACCAUUUGAGUUUGAUGAUUUGUUGUCUCUUGAACCUGAUUCAUGUAGAUCUGGUUUCAAAAGAUAAAGCGGAAACAAAUAUUUCUAGAGAAAGUACAUACUGACCAUGAUUUUGUGCAUUAUCUGCUAAAGGUCUAAUGCAAAAUUAAAUGUCAUUGAGACACAAGAAAAGGCUAGCACAUGCUGUCUUGAAACUCACAAAGAUAACUGUAUUAGGCAUACAUAGGCCAAUUUUAUAUUUCUAAAAAAAACAUAUUAGUCAGUGCAAGAGUGAUUGCCCUCUGUAUGUAAAGUACAGGUUAAAUUUCUUUGAACUAUGCUUGUAGGGUCUUUUAAUGAAAUAUAGUAUACUUCAGUGAUAAAAUGCAUAAAAACAAAGAUGUAGAAAUGGAAUCAGAUGAAACAUCUGAUUGCUGUCUCUGUCAGAACCAUAUUAAUUUUUCCUUUUAAUAGAAUGUAAGCAUUAAUGAGACACUAGAGUUUUUGAGGAAUUAAAGAGGUUGAGAUUUUUAACAUUAUGCAAGGAGGGAUUUCAGUUAAUUGUGGCAGAUAAUGCUAAAAAUGAUAAACAGGCUAUAGUAUUUUGUCAGUUUAACAUGGGAAAAUAAUGUUGAAAAUGAUAAAAGGGUAACAGGUAUAUAUCUAAUAUGAAUAACUAAGACAUCUUUUUAGCCUAAAAGCCGGCUGUUUGAAAUGUUCUUAAUGUGAAUGGGUCAUAAAUAAAAUUGUGUUAAAUUCUCAUUUUUACAAGCUGGAUGAAAUUUUCAUUGUACUUCAAGGAUAGGGCCAUUCUGAUGUUUUUUUCUGGUCCUGGGACUGAUUAUAAUAUGUUUGUGGAUGUAGGUGGGCAUAGCCUUAUUUCAUGCAAAAAGAGGGGUGGAGAGGGGUGGAGUCGCAUCCCAUUGAAGUCUAAGAUUUAAUAUUGAAACAAGGGCUUAGACCUCAACAGAGAUCAUUAUGGGCCAGUCUCCAUCUUAUCAUUGGCAAAAUACCUAUUCCUAAAACCAUGCAUAUUUUUCCUUUUAAAAACAUUUAGUUCACCGAUUCUCCUUAACUCCAAAAAGAAAGAUUCCAUCCCCUUCUAGCUUGAUUCUUAAAAAAAAAAAGAAAUCCUAAUAUUGGUCUCAUAUUCCAAAUAUUAAAUAAUAACUGGUUACUUCUGGUAGUCAUGUCAUGGGAAACAAAAUUAUUAUCAAGCAAACAGUCAAGUUCAUAAUUUUCCAGGCAUUUAAAACUCCAAAUCAAAUCUCUCAACAGUUUCUGACAAUAAAUGGAGUGUCAAUUUAUUUUUUUUCAAUAUUUCUGAGUAUAGUAAGUUUUAAGACCCAUAAUCUAUUUUAUAAAAAACUUUUGGGAAAAUCCCAACUUAUUAAUAUUGGUUCUAUAAUAAUGGUCUAAUUAUUAUUUAGAAAUUGGUUUCAUAACUAAUUAAUUUGUAGAUGUAACUGUCCUCACUAACAUCUUUAUUACUUACUGUGUCUUCCUCAAGAUCUUGCUCAAAUACAUAUCACUUAUAUUGUUCUUAAUAAUAAUUCCAAGGUCUGCAUAACUAGGCCUUUCCUGUGCAGUGGUAGUAUGCAAACUGUAUGGAUUCAAAUUAUUGUGUUUCCCUAAGUGUACAUUUUAAUAAGUUAAAACUAGUUGAAUUAAAUUUUGACCAUCUAAUAACUGAAUGGAAUACUCUUGAAUUAUAUGCCUAUCUGAUACACCAUUAACAACUCCAGCAAGCUUUACAUCAUCUGCAAACUUGUCUACCAAGCACUGAUAAGUGACUGGGAAGGUUGAUAGAAAUGCAUAAAAAAGCAAAGGCUCCAAAAGUGAUCCUUGAGGGGCAACUUUUAAGAUUUUAAUUCUUUGGAGCAAUGUUCCAUGAUCGUCACACUUGCAUAACUAUUUGUUAACCAGUCAAUACUCCAGUUUAUAAUAUAAUUAUUAAAUUGCCAUCUUAAUAAUGCAUUGAUAAUCUUGUCAUGCUAUCCCAGUAUAACAAAGCUAUCAAAAGCCUUGGGUAAGUCUAAAUAGAUUACGUCAACUUUCAGAGCCACAUCAAGGUUUUGAAUUCUUCAGAGUAGAAAGCAACAAGGGUUGUAAGCAUAGAUCUUCUUGAAGUAAAUCAGUUUUGAUAUAUAUCAUUAUAUAUUUGCUCAUCUCUGUUCAGCAUCAAUGAGACCAACACUCUCUGAAACCUUUUUCCUAUAAUACUACUAAGGCUAAUAGGCCUAGUUUUUAGCAACUUAUUUCUCACCUUCCUUACUUAUUGGAAUUGCUAGAGCACUUCUUCUUUGCCCAGAUAAUCAUCCAUGUUUCAGCGAUUGUUGGAAUAAAUAGAAUAAACUAUUCACACUUAUUCUUAAUGGUAGACAAAAAUAUUUAAAAAAAUAAUUAAUCUGAAACCUUUCUGAAAGUUGGCCAAAUUUAUGCAUAUUUUGUCCAUUAUAGAAACCAUAAUUCAAACAAAUGCUACAGUUCUCUUGCAUAUAACUGACAGUCAUUUCUCCACAACUAAAGGAAAAUUGUCUAUCCUUGGUGUAAUGUUCUUCCCAAUCAGAUUUUUUAUACAACACAAUGAUUGUUUACCCUUUCCUGAAGCUUUGUAAAGAUAAUAUAAAAUAAAGUACUUAAAUUAGAUAACAUAAAGUAGUAAAUAAAUAAUAUAAUUGUGUGAUUACAAAAAUCAGUUUUAUAAUAUUCAAAACCACUGUCCUACAGUUGGGGAAAUACUGUCAUUUUGCAUAAACAUAAAACUAGGCAAUAUAGAAAUCAAUAUAAAGUUGAUAAAUGCACCCAUAAAUAUACAUAUCCAUAAGCAAAUGUUACUAUAUAGCUGGAAUAAUUUGAGAAUGGUCAUGGAUAGAGUAAUUCCUCCAGGUCCCCCUCUGAAAAUUAUCUCAGCCCAUCAAGGUCAACCGGGUCAACAAAGUGAAGAUAGAUAAAAUGCAUAACUAGUCAAAGCUGGAAUAUGUGGCAAUAAUUCAUUCAGUUCAGAUCAGACCUCAAAUAUUUACAAAUGUUAUCACUUAAUUAGGUGUGAGGUAAUAAGUCAGAAAUGUAUCACAAAAACUAACACAUAAGUAAAAAGAUAUCUCAACUUUUUCAUUGAAGACACUUCUGUAGUACAUGCAGAAGUACACAUAAAUUGAGGUAAUAUUUAAAAACUGAGUCAUGUUGUGCCAAGAUUGAACUUGAUUGUUAUUAUGGAGAUGAUAAAAGAUCGUGCAGUAUGCAAAAUUACAGGAACGAUAACAUUUGCAUUAAGAAUGUUCACAGCACCAGUUCUGCUUGACAGUAUUUAGAAAAGACAACCCCACUAUUUAGUUUUGAUUCAAAAUACAUCUUUAGUUCUGAUUAAAAAUGUGGUUGACAAUGAAAUGGUUGUUUUCACCAAAUGGUAAUGAUUUCACUAUUUGUCUUCACCACCAUAUGAAGACAUGUUAGUUAUUAAGAGUAAUUAAGUCAAUGUGUUUGAUAAAAUGUUUUCUAUAAUCUUGUACCAUAUUCCUUAGUUAAUGAAUGUCUGGUUAUUUAUGACAAGGAUUGGUUCCUUGUCUCUCUCGCAAACUAUUAUAAAACAGGUCUGAUUAUAUUAACUUACAAAGUAAAUCAUGUAUCCAUAAUAGCAAAGAAGAUGCCAAAUAUUAUAUUGUUAUUCAAAACUGCUUGCAUUAAUUUACCUUUCAGUUCAUGUAACUUGAUAGCAGAAAAACAUAACAUUGCCCUUACAUAAAAGUGUAUGCUUCUUUGUGCAUUGUUUUUUGUUAUCUUAAGACAAAAUCAACAAGCUUUGUUUUAAUCUCCCUACAGUUAUUUAUUAGUGGAGUAUACAAUACUGGCAGUUGUGCGAAAAAUACAAAAUAAAAUUAAUCAGAAAGAUGCAUUUCCACUUUCAUAAAGCUGUAAUGAAUAUGUAACUUUACUCGUUUAAAAUGUUGCUAUAGAAAGGCCUUUAAUGACUAAAGCUUAAAAACUGUCUGUUUCAGUGUAAAGCAGGUGUAUAUACAUAACUGAUAAUGUAAAAUACUUGAAUAUUAAGUACCAUUAUAUUUGCAAUGUAUUUAAUAUAAUUUUGAACAAAAAGAUUGACUAAUAUAUAUAUAUAUAUAUAUAUAUAUAUAUAUAUAUAUAUAUAUAUAUAUAUAUAUAUUACAUUUUGGGAAUUUGAAUGUUGCAUUGUUGAGUGUUUCAAUGAAAACAUAGUAACUGUCCCAACACAAAUGAAGAUAAUAUAUUUUCUUUUUCUCUUCUUUUUAUCUGAUAUAUAGAUUGUUUUAUUGGAAUUAUAUGUGGGCAUUUAUUUAUUUUACCAGAAAAUAAUUCAUAUUAAAAAUACAGUGGAAAAACUACUGAGAUUUUAAACUGUAAAUGUCCUUUAUUAAUUUGACCUUAAAAAUUUAGGAUUUAUUUUCCUCAAAAAAUGUACAUAUCUAUAAGGGAACUAUUUUAAAUUUAUUAAAUGAUGUGUUUUGUUAGCGUUACUAACAGCUACUACCUGAGUCCAUAAAUGUUGGAUUACAAUAUUCAUUUGCUGUUUCUGAGCUGUAAAUAAAUAUUUUGAUUCUGAGUUAUAAUGCGGUUGCAAAGAAAAACUGUAAUUUGCCAAAUGAUCAAAUAAAGAAUGUAUGGAAUUUUA